UUUUUGCAAUGCCUUAGCGAAUUUUCCGGAUGUCAGGUCCAAAGUAGACGGGGAAAAACCACGCUAGUCAACACUGUCUUUUUUGACGGCAAGCCCUGCAGAUCCCCGGCCAUCAUCAGGUCCAGAAGCAUACCCUAAACACCUCUUUGUCUAGGAUAUAUCGAUUACUGCUAGUUUUUGCAUUGGCGCUCAUCUCCAUGGAUGUCAAAUCCUGCUCGCACAGAAACCGUAUCACGUGACACGUUCAAAUGCUGGCUGAGUCGAUUGCAAAUUUCUUCCUCCUUUGCACGGUUUGCGAUGAAAGGACCAGUUGAAAACGGGAUAUUUCGGUACCAGCCGUUGGAUCAGGACAAAAUACCAUGCGCUGCUUACAGCUGCAGUGCCACAGGUUCGCUCUUUAUUGUUGGUGGAAUAGUGAAGCGGUUCCUUGAAGCAAGGCUAGGCCCAUACGGGGACGGAUUGCCAGUGGCUGUGCUGUUUCUCUCAGCGGGCUCGCACACAAAAUUCAAUAUUAAUCCGUAUCGGAAGUGAACAUGGGGCUGAAGCGGUUAAUUGCUGAUGUUCAUAAUAGAAAAAUAUCUUGGAAAGCAACUGAAAAUGUGCCUUGGUUGAGCAACCCACAAAGGCACGCACACACGCCUAUGGUUCGCAUUAAGGCUUAGCCCGCUCCUAGAUCAAGAUGCAGGCUGAGUUGCAGGGAGGGUGGAUAUUAGAUAGUGGAUAGUGGGUUAAGCCUGUUCCACGGUUCGGUGCUGAGUGAGUUUGGCCUUGUGUUGAUGGCAGAACAAGCCCUUGAAGGGGCUCGGUGUCCUGCAGCGGUGGUGCCUUGCCUUGCAGGUGACGGAGAGACGCUUUCGCCUCUGCUUCUCUUUGCUUCUGCUGCGGAGCCAAGUUAGCUUAACCAGCUCAAGGGGAGAUAGGAGGAAAGGCUUGCAUACACACUUCAUGCAUCUCGGCGGCACAACAUAGCUACGGAGCGCUGCCACCAGCUGCUGCAGCCUGGGGGGAAGAAGGCCCCUGGGCCGAGUGGAAUAGAAUCAACUAGACUGCACUGGCAUGUCCUCAGCAUAAUCGAACCACCGAACGAUCAACCAGACAGUGAGCUCCUGCUGCCUGGUAUUAGUAAUAGUCCGUUGAAUUGGUCGACGCAGGGAAGAAGAUGGCCACAGACGCUUCUUAGCAAGUUUGAGUGACUCUUAACUUAACUAGUUAGUUAUCAAUUUUCCCGCGCCACUGCCCACGUCAACACCAACAACCCACCAUACUCCCGAUUUUUAUCCAGUUCACUCAGUUGCCAGCUUUCAAGUAUCUACAAAGUGACGGCCAGCGGGACAAAAAUAUGUAAGUUGUCUCGUUCCCUGGCCGAGAAUGCGUGCAACGGCAUACCAAAAGUCAUCCCAUGCCAAUGCCUGCACCCUGCACCUCGCAGUGACGCCGGUAUACCUGGACCAACCCCAGCGCGCCAUGCUGCCUGCAAGUUGCUGCAAGUUCAACUGCUAGAGACACCGUCUGGCUAAUGGUUCGCUUGCUCUACAGAUAUAACAGGAUAAAAGAUACGAAUCAGCGUCUCACGAUCUACCAUCUAUCACCUCCUUUCAUCCUAGCUGUUUAGCUACAGGCGCACGGGAGACCGUCAAAACCACAGCAGUUCUACCUAGGCAUCAAGCAAGAGAGCCCCCAGGUGCAUCAAGAGAGGGGGGGAAGAGAGGUCCUGCCGCCUAUAAUAUUCUUCAGACUCACGCUAUACGGGGAUUGGCUCUCCCCUUGGGCACUGAAGGAGUGCCCUACACCCC